CGAGGGGCUGCUCGGGGUACCUCUAGUCCUCGACCGCAGUAGGGCGGGACCGCAACACGCUAGGACCCUCACUGUCGCGCUAAAGCGCCCAGGUUUCCGGCAGGAGUGGGAACGACAGUCCCAGAGUUCCUCGCGGCAGGCGCGAAAGCCGGCGGCGGCCGCCCGGGACUCUGGUCUCGGGCCGGUGAGCGGCCCGUCGGGCUUGUCAUGCCCGCGCGAGGGGCGGACCGGCCCUCAAGCCGCCGGCCUCCGAAAGAGCGCGCUCCAGCGCGGGGGGGUUCUUUGGCGCCCGAGACGGGCACCCCGUGUCGCGAGAGAAGAGCCAUAAAUGUGGGAAAGUUGGAGGCGCGUCUUCCUGUGGGCGGAGCAUGGACCGGGCGGGGCCCCGUCUUGACCCGGCCUCUUCGUUUGCACCUUCCUUCGUGCGGGGCUUCUGCGUGUGUUACUGGUGCUUAGUCCUCUCGGGGCCUCUUUGUUUACAUGAGGAAGGCGAAGCUUAGGGGUGUGGCGUGGCUUUGCCAAGGUAGGCGCCUGGGGCAGGAGCAGGUGUGAACCCUGGCGGUGGAUUGUUUUAAUUACUUGCUGAUGUGCUGAGCGGCCACCUCAGUGCCCAUUAAGGAUCCUGACAGACUGGCUGAGUGAGCGCAAGAGCCACUGCCGUUACUCAUCGCCGAGAUUCGCAGCAGUUGCUCCCAGUGACAAAGACACACCUUGACGGGGACCGUUCAGACUUCACAGGAGUAGGUGCUUCCAGGCCAAACUGGAAGGACUUUCAGAGGAAGAAUUGUGUUCACCUCGGGCCAGGAAGAAAUUUUUAGAAGGGGUGGCAUUUGUGCUGAGCCAGGAAGUGCGACUGGGGAGCUCAGUAGAGGCAGCAAAGGGUGGAGAUGGGCUGUUAGCGUUUGAACCAUGCUGCCCAGUGCUGCUCCCACCCAAGUCAAAGUGCCCACUCACUCUGCUAAUCAAGGGGCAUCAGGCUGCAGGCCCCUAGCACCGUGGCCUAAGUACAGGACCAUCUUCUCCCUCCUCGAACAUUCCGUAGGGCGGGCCACACCCCCCCACUUGUGUCUCACCGAGAUCCCAGCCUGCUGCAAGGGGCAGAAAAGCGAGCAGCAGCAGCAGCUUCCUUUGACCAGGAGGUUGUGCUUGUCCCUUCUGCGCACAUCCUCUUGGCCAGGGUUAGGUCACAGGGUCACACCUAGCUGCAAGGGAGGCUGGGAAUCAUGGCCAGCCGCUGGCCCCGUGCCCCCGGGCAGUCGAUGGAAUCCAUGGAAAGACGUAAUGUGUGGAUGUUGGGAACACAAGCAUUUCCGCUGUGUUUAGUAGAUGCUUUUUCCACGUCCAGAGCAGAGUUUAGACCUGCUUUAUGAUGUUUUCCGCAUCCAACAGCGUGGCCGCCAUCCAGCACCUCACGCAUUGCUCCUGCAGCUGAGGAAAGGAAUUUCCAGUUUCACUGUAGUUCGUUUUAGCCACAGGUGACUGCCGUUUGUAGGCAGCGCAGGUGUGGAUGUGGACCUUGGGGUGAAGGGGUGUGGUCAGACUUGCCUCCCCAGGUUGGCAUCAUCACCCCGUUCUCUCACCUGCACACGCGAUGCGUAGUCACCUUUCUUUUUGGCGAGCAGGCCGUGAGCUGGCUCCCUGGUACACGUCGAAUGUCAGUGUCCAUCUUUGGUUCCACGAGCGGCCAGGUUCCCUCCCGGCCAACACCCCUCUCUUUCAGCUGGGACGGUGCCGGAGUGUGAAGGAGUUUGAGAAGCUCAACCGCAUCGGGGAAGGCACCUACGGCAUUGUGUAUCGUGCCCGGGACACCCAAACGGACGAGAUUGUUGCCCUGAAGAAAGUGCGGAUGGACAAGGAGAAGGACGGGGUCCCCAUCAGCAGCCUUCGAGAGAUCACGCUGCUCCUUCGCCUCCGCCAUCCGAACAUCGUGGAGCUGAAGGAGGUGGUUGUGGGGAACCACCUGGAGAGCAUCUUCCUGGUGAUGGGUUACUGUGAGCAAGACCUGGCCAGCCUUCUGGAGAACAUGCCGACCCCCUUCUCUGAGGCCCAGGUCAAGUGCAUUGUGCUGCAGGUGCUCCGGGGCCUCCAGUACCUGCACCAGAACUUCAUCAUCCACAGGGAUUUGAAGGUCUCCAACCUGCUCAUGACGGACAAGGGCUGCGUGAAGACAGCGGAUUUCGGCCUGGCCCGGGCCUACGGCACGCCAGUGAAGCCCAUGACCCCCAAGGUGGUCACCCUGUGGUACCGAGCCCCUGAACUGCUGCUGGGAAGCACCAUGCAGACGCCCAGCAUCGACAUGUGGGCAGUGGGCUGCAUCCUGGCCGAGCUGCUGGCCCACAAGCCCCUCCUCCCUGGCACUUCUGAGAUCCACCAGGUGGACCUGAUCGUGCAGCUGCUGGGGACCCCCAGCGAGAACAUCUGGCCGGGCUUCUCCCAGCUGCCGCUGGUCGGCCAGUACAGCCUGCGGAAGCAGCCGUACAACAAUCUCAAGCACAAGUUCCCGUGGCUCUCGGAGGCCGGCCUGCGCCUGCUGAACCUCCUCUUCAUGUACGACCCCAAGAAAAGGGCGACGGCCGGCGACUGCCUGGAGAGCUCCUACUUCAAGGAGAAGCCUCUGCCCUGCGAGCCGGAGCUCAUGCCCACUUUCCCUCACCAUCGCAACAAGCCUGCCCCCACGUCCUCGGGUGCCGAGAGCCAGAGCCGGCGCUGCAAACCCUGACAGGCGGGGGCUCCCGGGGCCCAGCUCAGCCCUCGGCUGAGCCCGACCGGCUGCUCCAGCUGACUGCCUACAUCUGCGCCUCUGCCCAGUGCUGGCCCGGAACAGCAGGCUGUGGACACGCCGGGUGCACCCUGCAGGGCGGACGCUGAGGCUGGCCCGCCAGGCUGUGUGGCACCAACUGGUGGUUGCAGCCUGUUGCCACGCCCUCGGCCCCUCGCCUCCCAGGAGGAAUCGUUGAGCCCGUCUUUGGGGGUGUCACUGGCCUAGGAUGAGCAGACCCCACGUGGGCACUCUUCUCCCUGCCUGAGCACCAGGGUCUGCCCAGGAAGGGAGAGGCUGAGGUGACCCCUGGUGAGCUGGCAGGACUCACUCCGGGAAGGAGGCAUCAGGAGGGACAGUCAGCCUGCUCUGACCUCCAGGGUGAGAGCCUUGGGCUGGGGGCUGCUCCAUGUCCCCACUCCCCAAUGAGGCCCCCGGGGGAAGGGGCACGCUUGGUGCUAGCUGGACCCCAGAGAGAUAAAUGCUUUCCUGACUGACA